AAGACGAAGUGAAUCAGCUCUAAGCAGACUUCAAAACCCUGCAGCCCUCUCUUCCCUUCGUGUUUAAGCAAAAAUCCUUACCUUCAAGCUCCCAUGGCUGCUAACAAUGAGGUGAAAAAGCGAAAGCUUGGCAAGAAGGCAGCAGAUUCCAUUGCUACGCCCUCUAAAAUCAACAAAAAUCAGCAGCCAAAAACACCCAAAUCAGAUUUUUCUAACCCACCCAAUUCCAAUUCCGGUUCCGACGCCGACUCGUUACCGCUGAAAAUCCAGAAGCUUCUCGAACCUUACUCAAAGGAUCAACUGGUUACCCUAGCUGUGGAUACCGCAGCUGUUCUCCCUGCUUUUUACAGGCUUAUCCAGUCACAUGCUGAUAAAGACAUCAGCCACAGGAAAAUCUUCGUUUAUGGGUUGCCGCGUGAUACCACGCGCCCGGUGCUGCUGGCCGUCUUUGAACCGUACGGGGAGAUUGAGGAAUGCAACGUUGUGAUGGAUCAUGCUACUGGAAAUGCUAAAGGGUAUGCUUUUGUUCUGUUCAAGACUAGGAAAUCAGCUGCAAAAGCGCUGAAAGAGCCUCAGAAGAUGAUCAACAAUCGUUUAGCUUCGUGUAAGUUGGCUUCAAUGAAAGAGACUGCGGUUUCUGGGACUAAUGAAAUCGGUAACCGGAAGAUAUAUGUGAGUAACGUGCCAAAGAAAGUUAAUUCGGAGAAAUUGAGGAGCUUUUUUGCUAAGUUUGGGGAAAUUGAAGCUGGACCAAUGGGAUUUGAUCCAUCAACUGGGAAAUCAAAAGGGUAUGCUUUGUUUCUGUACAAAACUGUGGAGGCGGCGAAGAAAUGUCUGGAAAAACCCUCGAAGAUUUUUGAGGGGAGGCAAUUGCAUUGUAAGAAGGCGGCUGAGGGGAAAAUUGGUGGUGGAGCGGCUAGUAUCACCACGGAGGCUGUACAACAGCCGCUGCUUGCAAUGCCACCAGGGCAAGGUGUGUAUGCUCCAGUUGCUGCUGGUCACAGUAUGGGGAUGUUGGGUCAGAACACGGAUGUGCCAAUGAUGAAUCCGUUUUAUGGUGGAGCACUUGCUAAUCCUUAUGGAGCAUAUGGGAAUCCAUUUGCAGGAGUUGGUGGUUUCGGCCAGCAAAUGGGUGGUGGAAUGGGGAUGGCAGCAGGAUAUGGUGGGGUGUUAGAUAGUGUAGGAGGGGGUGUUUCAGGUUUAGGGGCAUAUGGUGGUGCUGGUAGCAGCACAGGUGGUUCUACUGGGGUGUUAGGGGCAUAUGGCGGUGUUGUUAGCAGCACAGGUGGUUCCACUGGGGGUCUAGGGGCAUAUGGUGGUGUUGGUAGCUGCACAGGUGGUUCUACUGGGGGUUUAGGGCCAUAUGGUGGUGUUGGUGGCAGCACAGGUGGUUCUACUGGGGGAGUGGCUCCCGGCUUAUUGCAGCUCUACCAAAACAACCAGGCUGGCCAACCUUCGUCUGCAAAGUAUCCGGGAAGCAGUGGCUACCCGCCGCACUUCAGAUGAACAAUGCCUGACCAUGAUGAAACGAAGUCAUUGAAGCAUCUGAUGAGUGUCUAAGGGUCAGUGUUUGCCAGUGGCUUGCGUUUAUCAGAAUUGUAGCCAUAUGUUUCUUAUAUCUUUACUUUCAUACAAUCCAUACUUCUUACUGAUAAGUCAAGUUCCUAUAGAACUUGCUGGAUAAUGCCGUUUGCAUUACCCUUCUCUUUGAUGGAUACAUUCCGUCUAGACUUAUUUUGAAGUGGAUUUGUCGGGAAAAAAAAUCUUGCUCUUAUAUUUGCUCCAGUAUUCUGAUUUGGCCAAGUAUUUUCUUCAUAUCGUUAUUAGGCCUUAUCGUAUGCCAUAUUCUCUUUGCGUGGAAAUAUGCUUUUUUAGUAUGAAAAAAUUAUUACCUUGAAAUUUCUGUGUGUGUGUGUAUAGAUUGUCUUUUGCUUAGUUUUAAAACAUCAUUUUAAUUAUUAACAAAGAUGAGUAUUCUUCUAUGUUUAUUGCUAACUACUAAUAGAAAUUUUUUAUUUUUUUUUUCAAAAAUUUACCUAUUCAUAUCUUUAUUCUGUUUUAAUAACUCCUAACGUUAUUCAACUUUUUACGAGGAUGACUUGGGUUUUGUGAAGUUUUGUUGUUAACUAAUACACAAUCUUGAUUCUUUUCUCCAUUUUAGCCAGUCGUAUUUUUUUCUUUUAAAAACAGAAGUCUUAUUUUUUCUGUUGUUUUAAUUUGUUCAAGCGAAUUCUUUGUUGAUCGGACUCUUCAGAUAUUUCAAUGGUUGCGUGUCGGAUUUGCCAAAAGUAGUGUAUUUUUGGAGAAUUCGACACGGUUGCGGCAUAAAAAGUGAAGAGUCCGUGCAACAAAGAGCUUAAUUAGGCUUGUUUUUCUUUUAGAAUAGAUAUUAAAUUCUAUGUUGCUCAAACUCUUCAGAAAUGUCAAUAGUAUGUGUCGGAUUUGGCAAAAGUAGUAUAUUUUUGGAGAACCCGACACGAAUUUGGCAUCAAAAGUGAAGAGUUUGCGCAACUAAGAGCUUAAUUAGGCUUGUUUUUCUUAUAGAAUUUAUAUUGAUUCAUUUUAUUCCUUUUUUCCUUCAUUUUUUAUAUUUUUAAGUAAUGACUUUCAGAAGUCACUCCGUCGCUUCCUUUUGCAUGAAAAUUCAUGCUUUCUCACUUUCAUAAGACUCGUAUUUAGAAGUUUUGAGGUGGAUGUUAUCUUUGUUGUAAGUGAAUUUUUGUCAUUGGAGUAUGGUUUUCAUUGU